GUUGAAGUCUCCCACAGGAGCUGAUCAGAGUUGAUCAUGGAAGACCCUGCAGGAGGGCGGACUGGUACCGGAGACGCGGAUCUCAUGGACAGAAUCAGAGAGCUUGAGGAGGACUUAACUAGGACUCAAGAAGAGCUCGCAAGAAUCACAUCAACUGAUGAUGAAGCAGCUCAAGAAGCAACUGACAAUGAUGGCCCACCAAGCGAUGAUCCAGAUGGUGAAAUGGCUUACAAACUUGCUGAGUUGGUUGCCGCAUCAGUGACUAAGGUGCUGAAGGGAGAUGUGAAUCAACACUCAUCUACCCCCAUCACUGCUCCUAUCAUAGUAGAAGUUGGAGGCUCCAAAACAAUUCGCAUGGGUGGUAUUCCUAAGGCAGAUUGGUCCGGCUUGGAAUCUCCAACCCUCAGAGUCCACUCUGGGCAGUAUAGGAGUCUGGAUAGAACCACACUGGAAACGAAAAACUCUGCCAAACAAUGA